AUGCGAUCUCUGGUUAUCGCUUCGAUAGUUGAGGACGCAAACAAGGAGAGCGUAUACUUACCAACGGCGGUCCAUUCCGAAAAUAAUAUUGCGAAGCAACCAAGUGGCACUAGUCUGGAUGUGGAACAUGACGUAGACUUCUUGCGACAGAAGGUAACUGCGCGAAUAUUCCGAAGAGCACGAAUUAUCUACGCUUCAUUUGUUACGCCUAGCCAUGAAGUCACAGCUGACAACAAGCCCGUUGUGAUGCUCUAUCUAGCGGCCCCAAAGCGACCCAAUAUCGAUUCCCAAGAUGUUAUAAUUCCGAGCUCCGCCUACAGGUUUCGCAUUACGAAUCCUUGGGGCACAACCUUUGAAGCUUACUACACCCCUGUCAGGCUCCAGAAAAGCAAUGCUAUGAGGAAAGAUGGGUUGGAUGUAAACGAUGACGAAGAAGUUCUCGAGUUCCUGAUAAGCCUUCGCGCUGGUGGGCAACUGCAGAAGUCGUGCAUGAGUUGGACAAUAGGAAAGACCUUGCCGAUAUUUGGUCCUACUGUCAACUUAAAGGUACUGCAGCAACUUGGCACAACUCCCCGUUCAAAAUCUCUGAUUCUCUUUGCCGCAGGCACUGGGAUCGCGCCGAUGCUCCAACUGAUUGAUUUUUAUUCACCAAAGCGAAUGAAAGAUUCUCCUAGUAUUUUUUUGAUCUGGAUAUUGAAGAGUCCGAUGCACAACUACAAUGAGUGGAUAGGGCUAGGAGAACAUGUGAAGGUAUUCAAACGCAAGUUCCGGUGGGUUGUCCUGUAUUCUUCCAAGAAACCGGUAGUCGAUGUUGCCGCCUUAAAAGGAACGACUGGUACAACCGAGUCUCGUCGCCCACGUGAUAAGCAACCAUUUUACAAACGAUUUCAAACCAGAAAACUUGGAGACAUGCAAGGCAAGGAUCCUCUUGACUUCUCCCAUAGAUUGAGUGCAGAGGGUGCGUUGGAUGAGUUGAGUCUAAGAGGUGAUCCUUCAGAUGAUGAAAAGAAUGAUAUGGAUGAAGCGCCAGCUGUUAAUGAUGUCUUCUGGCGUGUGCAUGGAAACAAAUGCAUGUCCAUGAAAUUGAAUCAGGAGCUAGUUUCAAGUCUAGUGUCAGCAAGUGAAGUUGAAUUGAGUCAAGAGAGAGCCAAUUUUAGAGGUAGCGAAGACUCGAACAAGAAUGGCACGAAGGUACACACCGGAAGCAACAUGGUGGCAUAUGUAUGUGGCAGCCCAGGGUUUGACAGCUGCAUCCGAGAUUGGCUAAUGACCGGUGGUUUCCCAAAGGAUCAGAUUGUCGAUUUCUACUCGUCGCCCACUGUUCACGUCUAG